AAUGUCAUACGCCCAGUUCGGGUUUGGACUUUGUGUGAAACGGAAGAUAAGCAACUUAAGCAUGGGAAGGUGGGUCUUAGUAGGGGGGCUGUUGUUUGCUGUGCUGGCCUUGACCUGGGGUCAAGAUGGGGGCCAAGUACAUGUCGUCCAUCCUAUAUUGGGAACAAUCGUUGGGCGACAAGGAGUCACUUCGAGGGAUCAAACUCCAUACUGGACCUUUCAUGGAAUACCCUAUGCUGAUGAGGAGUCUUACACUGGCGUAAAUCGAUUCAAGCCUUCUGCAGUGCAUAAUAAACCACUGACUACGACCGGUGAACCCUUUGUCGCAAACAGAAUAUUGGUUUUAUGUCCCCAACAAGAGCUUUUUGAUUUAUCUGGUAUAAUUCCCAGAGAGAAUGAAGGCACUGAAAAUUCAGAACUACUUUCAAAAGCUCAAGACCUUCCCCAAAUUUUCCGAGCAAUUCAUCAACAGAAAAGAAAUCUUUCAGAGGUUUUCCGACAAUAUAGCAGUUCGGAAGAAAGGAAAAGAGCAUUCCAGGAAGAGCCCGUCAAAUCUAUGGGAAACGAGACGUGCCUGACAAUUAAUAUUAACACACCACACAUUCCUGAAAAUGGUCAGAAUCCAGAACCAGGUGAACUUCUUCCAGUUGUUGUUUUCUAUCACGGGGGAGGCUCCGAUUCAGUGUGGGGAUCGGCAUUUACCGGACUAAGAAUGUUGGAGGACCCCGUUGUCCUUGUGACAAUGAACUACAGAUUGGGCGUCCUUGGAGCAUUCAAUCUCGGUACGGAUGAUGCACCUGGUUGUGCUGGAUUAUACGAUUCUAUCACAGUGCUGGAAUGGGUUCAGGCAAAUAUCAAAUAUUUCGGUGGUGACCCCGGCAGAGUCACAAUAAGCGGCCAAUCUGCCGGUUCCAUGAUUGUAGCAAAUCUUAUGACCACCCCUCUCACAAAGGAUAAGAACUUGUUCCAUGGAGUUUGGGGAUUUUCUGGAUCAGCGAUAAGCGUGUGGGCAGUCUCUAAGCACCCAAGCCUCGAUAAUCAUCUUCGAAUCGCCGAAUUCUGUGAUUGCUACCAUCCAGACGCUCCUGAAGAUAUCCCCACCAUCACGACAUGCAUGCAGACGGUCAGUUUAGAUGGCCUUGUGACUGCAUUAGCAUUAUGGAAACACGAAGAAGAAUAUGCUGGAAGGCUGGGAUACGAUGCUCGGAUGCCGUCAAUUCAGGCUCCGAGUCUUACUAUUCCUAUUUUCAUGCCAAACCAUCCUUAUGAAACGUUGGAGAAAUUGGAGCAACGGAAUGUAUCUGUUGUUCUGGGAGCAACUAGACACGAUGGCUCUUAUCCACUGGACGAUAUCUACAACAACUUUUUGAAACCCCACGGACUGGACAAGAACGAAACCUUCCUAAGAAACGAUCUACUUCCAACCCUGCUUAAAACUUUGGGAAUUAGGGAUGACAGUGGCGAACUUUAUCACACCAUGGCCAACACGUAUUUGGGUGAAGCUGCAGCGACUGGGAUCCUUGAGGAUAAGCUACCUGGACUGUUAGAUAUGGUUACUGUUAUGGCCUUCAAGGCUGGAGAAUUCGAGACACUCAAAUUCCAGUCUAGGUUGACGAAACAUGCAUAUUUUUACAGCUUGGAUUAUGUGGGACGUUGGAGUUUGUACAACUUUUUAUGGGGGAAUAUGUACAUUCCUGGUGGAAUAUGUCACACGGAUGAUCUGAUAUAUUUCUUCUGGCUUGGACCUCUCAUUAAUGAAGACAUGAAAGUUAGUCGAAGAUGGAUGAAGUACUUUAUAAAUUUUGCUUAUCAUCGAGAUCCAAAUGGCCCAGCGGGCUCACCUGUCGUUUGGGAACCGUACGACGCCCUGACCCAUCCAUAUCUCAAACUCGGUCGUCACGACAAGAAUGUGCACGAUGCUCCGGAUCACUGGCUGGGGGCAAGUGCAGAACUCUUUGUUGACUGGACACCUACUUCGGAGCCAACAUCGACGAUGUAUUUUUAUGAUUGGAUUCGAAGUUCAAGUUUAUUCAAAGAUUUCUAAGCCCUGUUUCUAUUCUGCAUAAAAUUGUCGUCCGUAAAUUUAAAAUUGGAAUGCAAAUUAAACAUGCGAAAUUGUAAAUUACAAAACAUAACUUUGUUAUCUUUGUUCUGGAUCAGCAUCUUCAGUAAAUGCCACCAUUCUACUCUUU